CAUCAUUUGGACAGUGGUUUAGAAAUUCAUGAUAUAACAAUACUCUCUUGUGCACGAACAGGAACAAAUUUUUGAAUCUUAGAUACAAAAUGAUUUGUAGACUUUCUUUUCAGCUUUUCAUGAUGGGAAUCUUGUGUGCAGGUGCACUGGAAUCUACUUCAGAUUGCACCGAGAUGCUAAACGAAGGCGCUGGACAAGAAAAUAAAUUGCAGUUCUACUACAACCAAGACGUCAAACGUUGCUUCCCAUUUUUCUACAAAGGAGAAGGAGGCAAUGGCAACCGCUUUCCCAACGAAAUGCAGUGCAUGCAAAACUGCUCGUCUGCUCAGUAUGAUGAGCUCUAUCCAGUUGGAGAUUCAGUUUGCAAUUUAAAGAUGGAACCAGGGAGUUGUUUUGGUCGAAGUUUUAUGUAUUACUACGACAGCGAGGAGAAAGUCUGCCGCCUGUUUCUUUAUAAAGGUUGUCAUGGAAAUGGCAACCGAUUUGAGACCAAAGAAGAUUGUGAAAGCAUGUGUCGAGCAAGGUCUGGAAGAAUGAUAGGAUCAGCUCCUAACCCCGAUGAGCAAACGGUGGAUGUGGGAUUGAUUGUGGGCAUUCUGGGUGGUGUUGUGUUUGCAGUGGCACUGAUCGCUAGUAUUGCUCUAUUUGUAGUGCAAAGGAAAGCUAAACAUAAUGAUAUGAAGAAAGUGCCCACAAAUGAUGUUGAGAUGAGAUAAGCAAAAGGCCAGAGCUUUGUCUGUGUGUUUGUGUUUUUGUAUGACCUUUUUAUUAUCUAACUGGAUGCAUUGGUAGAAAAAUAAAUCUUAAGUGUUCAAAUUUGUUUGAUGCUGGUGUAUAAUUAGAGUUUAGUAACUAAAAAAAAUUAAUAUAGAGUGGCAAUGAGGAAAACUGACUUUCCAUUUGAUUGUUAAUUGACUAAUUUUAAGCUUUAUAGAUGUAACUGCAGUAGCACUUACAAAUGUUUAAUUGUCCAAUGAUGGAGUACUGCAUAUGUAUUGUUAAUAAUAAAAGUUUGUUUUACCUAGAAA